UUCGGAAGGUACUAGAGGCAGAUUGGCCCCACGAUAGGAAAAAGGCCAGUGUUCAAGAAGUCCUCAGUAUUGCAGGAAAACUGUGGAACCUCACUUAUUUUAUCAGGGCCGGUAGGUACUUCGUGUGGCAACUGCUCCGCCUAUCGGGUCUGCAUACGCAAGCCAGUCGACACACACGGUCACGACGACUAGUGGACUUGGGUAGAGAGUUCCACGGCGAUAUCGCCUUCUGGAAGUGGGCCCUCAAUCAGUCACUGGCACUUCGAGGGGAGUCCCUCAGCGCAUCGUUCUUCCUCCACGUAAAAUGAGCACCCUCACGCCUUUACCUCUCAGACGCUAGCUUCACAGCGAUUGGCGGCUACUGUCCCGAACUAAAGACUUUCUGGAGAUACACGAUCGAAUCAUCGUUGUCUGCGGAGCUCAAGCGCAAGGCGCAAGAGAAGGAGACGUCAGACAUUAAAAUCUGUUAGAACUCGCGGGCAUGUUCAUGACGGCGUGGGUAGUCCAAAUGAUCUUGAAAGACAGACCUGUAGAAGAAGGGCAGUCGGUGUUGAUGCGUGGAGACAACGUGUCGGCCGUCAGUUGGACUCAACAGGUGUGGGGGGUCGCGCGACAGGCGCGCAGCCUCAUAAUGAGACUCAUGGGAACUCAGGGAAAGGAUGGCCGGGGAGGCACGAGCGCCGAGGGGGAGCGGUUGGUCAUCGCACUCACCUUCGGGUCUUUGGGAAGUGGUACCAACAAGGUGUAUCAAAGGAUGUGGAACACGUGGAAGGAGGCUCGAGCAGGGGAGGUUCGGGCCCGUGGCUCCGCGAGAGCGAUGGGGUGGAAAGUGCGCUUCAAAAAUCUGGGCGGACGACUCGGGGCUCGUGCACUCGGAUUUUCGUCUGACAAGAGGAGACCUGGGUUUCUUUUGCGGUCCGGUAAGGGUUGCAUGGGCAGACCGGAGGCAGGCUAGCCAAGUGGAAGUCACGUUCAGAGCGUCAAAAGAAGAUCAAAAACGUUUGGGAGCAACCGUCACAAGAUCGGGAGUAGCGUUGAAGGUGUUACUCGAUCUGUUAGAUCUGCACCCCGAGCUUGGGAGUCAUGCGCCGUUGAUGCAAUCGUGGGCACAAGACAAGUAGAAGGUUAUUUCGAGGGCAGAGGCAUCGAGACACCUCAGGUUACUCGUGAGUGCGGCGGGUAGAGACCCACAGAAGUAUGCGUUGCAUUCAGGAAGGAUCGGGGGGGCCACGCACCUAGCAAGUAUGGGGGCGUCGGUAAUUCAGAUCCAGAGAGCCGGAAGGUGGAAAUCAUCGGCUUUCAUGGUGUACGUUAGGGUGGGGGGUGAAGGAGCAAAGUUUGUGUCUCAGGCCCUUACGGAACCCGAGGAGUGACCAGGGAGCGGAGGAGUAGGUCAUCGGACAUGCCCAAUGGAGUAAGAUAUGUUGAGGCCAGAGGCCGAAACAAUAG